UCCCGAGCUUUUGGGAUCGCCAGGAGCCAGGAAAGAGCUCGCGGGAGGAGCACGGGCACUGCCAGGGCUGCAGGAGCGGCCCCAUUUCUCUCUGCUGCCGGAAUUCCCAAACCAGCCCAACGGAGCCCUCGGAGAGCGCCAUGGACGAGUGGGAUCUCCCACAAUGGAAAAAAGAGGUGGAAAGCCUCAAGUACCAGCUGGCCUACAAGAGGGAGAUGUCGUCCAAGACCAUCCCUGAGUUUGUCAAGUGGAUUGAGGAUGGAAUUCCCGAGGAUCCCUUCCUGAACCCGGAGCUGAUGAAGAACAACCCCUGGGUGGAGAAAGGAAAAUGCAUCAUCCUCUGAGGAUGGAGUUUGUUCCACUUCCGACAGGAGAACCUGAACAAAA